AGCGAAGUGUGUCGCAAGCAGAUAUGACGUCUUCAGAGCGGGCCGGAAGUUGCUGUCAGUGGAGUUAGUCACGUUGUGGAAGAAAUGUGUGAGGUGGAGGAAAGAGAAUGCCGGGAGGUGAAGAGAGAAGAGCCGGCCGGGAGGGUCGGUGAGCGGUGUAUGAAAUGCCGGGAGUCCCCCGCUGUCCUCAUCAUCCGGGUCGGAGACGCCUUCUGCAGGUCCUGCUUCAGGGAAUACUUUGUGCACAAAUUCCGAGCCGCGUUGGGGAAGAACCGAGUGGUGUUCCCAGGAGAGAAGGUUCUCUUGGCGUAUUCCGGCGGGCCGUCCUCUAGCGCUCUGAUCCAGCAGGUUCAGGAGGGGCGGAGCUGCGAUGCUCCUAAGAAGCUGCGUUUUGAACCCGCCAUUCUGUUUAUUGAUGAAGGCGCCGUGUGCGGCCGGAGCUGGGAGGAGCGAGAGCGGGACGUGUCUGAAAUAGAGAACAUUCUAAAAGGAACCUCGUUACCGUAUCACAUCCUGUACAUGGAGCAGGUGAGUCUUUAUACCCCCCCCCUUUAUACAGCGGGGGGGGGGAGGGGUUGUGUAGUGAUAAUGUAUAUGUAUCCAGUAGUCCGGUUAGAUAAUUGA